GGAUUUUUGAAGGGUACACAAGGAAUUACAUUGGAAAGAGAUGGUAGUAUUAAAGUUGCAGAAAAUUUCAAGGUGGAGGGUGAUAUUGCAAGAUUUCCUUAUCACGAAACUGGUGAAACUGUUCGAAUAGAACAUUGGUCAUUUGCUGAAAAUACAGGAAGAGCAGCUGCAAGUGAAAUUGUCAUCAAAAAUCAAAAACCAUUUAAAAAAUUGCCAUAUUUUUGGAGUGCUCAACAUGGUAAAAGUUUUAGGUAUGCAGGUUACGCUAGUAGUUUCGAUGAUGUUAUUAUAGAUGGUAGUUUGGAUGAAUUGAAGUUUGCUGCUUAUUAUGCAC